UCAGGGGGCUUUAUAAAGAGGUCUGGAGGUCGAACCUGAACUCAGUUUAGUGUCUGAUCAUUAGAGGAGCUGCUGUCACCAACAUGCGCAAUAAGAUGCAGAUGUCCCAGAGGCCUGUACAGUGGCUCGCUGUCAUGCUUCUCGCCAUCUUUACAACCGGCCAGUGUCAACAGAACGAGAGUCGGCGAGCUGUGACCGAACACCAGCUGAUGCACGACCGCGGCCAAAACAUCCAGAGCCUCAAGAGACUCAUCUGGCUGUCCAGCGCCAUCGAGGGUCUCCACACUGCCCAGACUCGCUCUGCUGCUUUCAACCCCACAAAGGUCCUGAACCUGGCUCUGAAUCCAAAGCUGGUCCCUGCUGCUGGGAUCCCCCAGCCCAACCGGGUGGAGAGCCUCAUGAGAGACUUCUUUAAUCCCUACCUGACUCAACAGCCAGACAGAGAGGCGUAA